ACAAUCGAUGACAAACAGCAGCCAGUUCUUCUGUGCCUCAUAAAUGUGAGCUGUCACACAAGACGGUCAGUCUCAGCUCUUGAGACUUUCAGGUCUUUGUGGACUCAGUGUCUUUGUCCAAAUGAGUCACAUCUGUGUCACUGCUCCAUGUGCUUCCACAUGGUGUGAAGUUGAAUAUAAAAAGUGACGGCUGAUUCAACCAGAAUCCCAGUGAAUCAACAUGCAUAUACCAUGAGAAGGUUCACUUGUGUUGAUAUGAGUCUCAGUGCGUUGACGUCGUUCUCACCUUUGACUUGACUAUAGCCCAAAAGGGAGCUGUCUGUGGUGCUGAACAGGCAAUAACCGAGUAAACCUACCGUCUUACCUAUAAAACGCCUGUACACACUGUAUAUAUGCAGGCGCGCAUACAUGAUAAUAAUGACUUAUUAGAAUUCAACGGCGGCUUUUGCGUCCUAGAAAAUCAUAUUCUUGGACGUCUUUGACGCCGGCGAUAAAAUAUUCGAACUUAUAUCGCCUGGUACUCGUUCUGUGACGGAAACACUGCUCAGUGAGACGUUACUCUUAGCUCUUCUAAAAAGCUGGUUGUGGAAUAAAAGUGACAAGGGGCGUGGUAUAGUGUGGGUCGGUGGGCGUCAGGUAUCCGUCCCACUGGAUAAAUAGUCGUAUGAGCCGAGAGCAGAGAAACCCAGAGGAACAGAAGCGGGAGACUGUUCAGACAACAGAUUAUAGUGAAAUAAAAUGGCCGCUCUGUUCAGGUCUUGGAUGCUGCUCUCUGCUCUCCUUCUGUGCCUGGUGGCGUGUUUGAGCAGCUUUGCUGAAGCCUAUCCUCCCAAGCCGGAGAGUCCUGGGAACAACGCCUCACCGGCAGAGUGGGCCAAAUACCACGCAGCUGUCAGGCAUUAUGUCAACCUCAUCACCAGACAGAGGUACGGGAAGAGGUCGACUCCAGAGCAGGCUGUGGCCUGGCUUCUGUUUGGAGCUAAUUCAAACCUGGACGAUGAGCCUCGAUCAGACUACAGUGAUCAGUGGUGAAAAUGUCCAAACUAUCAAAAGUACAGCAUGUGAGGAGGAAUCCCUGGACCACGUAACUCUUCAUUUUUAAUUUGUCAUGCGCAUGCAAGUCUGUCAGUUCGUCAUCUGUAUUG